UACCGACAGCGAUUUGCGCCGACCGACCAGUGUUUCCUUAGCAGCGACUUCAGAAACGUAUGUGUGUCGGUAGAUAAGCUAGUAGGUGUGCAUACAUCAAAUGAAAGAGAAUCUGCGUUUGCCCGACUCAGUCUUUACAGUAGCUAGUAUAACUGGAUGAGUCUCGGCGAUCUUGACGACCGACCAGCUUUCAGUACACAGCAGCUCAGAUGACGCAGGAGAAAGCGAAAGAUGAAUGCUCGCCUCGAAGUCGCAGCUCGAGCGAAGCAUCCAAGUCUAAGGAGAAGAAGGACAAGUCAUUUCUCACAAAGGUUGUAAUCCGAAGGCUGCCGCCAACGAUGACGGAAGACCAGUUCCUGGAGCAGAUAUCCCCUGUUCCUGAAAGUGAUUAUAUGUACUUCGUAAAAGGAGACUUGAGUCUCGGCCCGCACGCGUUCUCGCGCGCCUACAUCAACUUCGUCAAUCAGGAUGAGAUAUUCAUCUUCAAGGAGAAGUUCGACGAUUACAUUUUUGUUGAUGAGAAAGGCAAUGAGUUCCCAGCCCUUGUCGAGUAUGCACCCUUCCAAAAAAUACCCAAGCGAAGGACUCGCAAAAAGGAUCCGAAGUGUGGCACAAUUGAACAAGACCCAGAGUACAUCAAGUUUCUGGAAAGCCUAGAGCAACCGGAAGAAGUGACACUGCCUUCAAUUGACACCUACAUAGAGGAGAUUGAAGCUAGGGAAAAAGAAAUCAAAGCUAACAACGGUUGCCUCAAGGUGGUGACCCCUCUAAUUGAGUACUUGCAGCAGAGGAAGCUGGAAAAGCUGGCGGCCCAGAAACUGCGCGAGGAGCGUCGGGAGGAGCGCAAGAGGCGGGAAGUGGAGAAGAAACGUCUGCGUGAUGAGGAGAAGAGAAGGCGGAAAGUGGACCGCACAACGAAGGAGCCAAGCAUGCACCGAGAGUCGUCUUCAGCCCGCUAUGAUGAUGACCUCGCCCAGUUUGACGAUACUGAGCCUGCAUCAACUAAGCCUCAGGUGGUCAAGUCUUCUGCCAAAUUGUCACGGCGGCAGCAGGGCCCAGCCAGCUCCGAGUUGCGUCGUUGUCCGCCAGUUCGACCAGUCGACAGCACUGACUCCCGCGGUCACUCAGCGACUGUUGGUCAGGACCUAUCACAUCGGGAACCGUUGAACCAGAAACCUGCGGGCAGGUCAGUGAGUGCUCGAAGAGUGCGGGGAGACCGCGCUGCGAAAAAUGAGCGUGUUCCAGCAGUCCUCAAAGUGCUCGGUGUGCUUGGCCGAGCUUCUCGAGAAAGUCGGACUUCAAACAAACGUCUUGAGCAGCCUGUGGUGCUGAGGAACCCUGUGCGAGAGCAUGAGCCACCAGCUACAACAACAUCGAAGGACUCGGGAACAGGUGUAGUUCCGAAAUCAAGUGCAGGAACAGGUGGCAGCCAUUCCAAGGCCCCACCGGUGCGUAGCUCAACAGGCGGUGGCAGCAGCGCACGCAAGGACUGGGAGCGACCCAAGUUGCCCAGGCCCAGCAAGGACUACCAGGGUGCCAAAGAGUACAGCAAACACAAGGCCGACCAGCCUGCAUCCUCCCACAGGCAACUGGUCAUUGCCACACGUAGAAACAGGCGUGGAUCAACAGGUUCUGACGGGAGAGGCCAGGAAACAAGCACCCCGAAAGCAUCGGCAACGACUCCAGCCACAGAUGACGAGCGAUCUGUUGUUGAAAGCUCUCGGGGUGCCACGUCCACCACAAGCACUCCAGCCGAGGGCAAGAACACCAGUUCAGAGAAGGAUCGCGAGCGACCAUUGGCACCCGAGGAGUCCUCGCAGUCCCGAGCUAAAGACCCUCGAGCAGAGAGAAGGAUACGCAACAAGGAUCGACCGUCUAUUGAGAUUUACCGGCCUGGGAUGAGAAGACUGUCUCAAAAGGCUACAUCACCACAAGAGGAAACACCAGCUGCUAGCUCAAAACCAACGAAAAGCAACAGCAGUAGCAAGCUACCCACUUAAACUUCUGUAGUCAGUCAGUACUGUUCAGGGUGAUAAUUACUGUACAUGAAUUUCCACAACUGAUAGUACUUCCUGAGACAGUUCAUAUUUUUCUUUGCUUAUUUCUACAGAAACAAAAAUCCAUGUUUUUUACAUGUGACUUCUUUUUUUUCUGUCCCUUGUAAAUAAAUUCAGUUGCGGUGAUGUCCAGUGUCCAAGUGUUAGAGCAUGACACAUUGUGAGAUACAUACUCGAUUGGAGAAACACUGACAUUGUGCAAGACGGCUAGCUUGAAAUAAAUGGUAUGUUAAAACUGUG